GAUUUUGGGUCUUUUUGGAUACUUGGUAACUUUGGAAUCAUCAGCAUGUCAACUUUACGCUUCGGCCAGCACAUCAUCAAGGCUUCUGUAGUCUUCUAUCGGACUGAAUUGUCCUUUGCUUUGGUGAACAGAAAACCUGUCGUUCCUGGACAUGUGCUGGUGUGCCCGCUGAGGCCGGUGGAACGUUUCCGUGAUCUCCGUCCCGACGAGGUUGCCGAUUUAUUCAAAACCACGCAAAAGGUGGCCGACGUCGUGGAGAAGCACUUUCAAGGCACCUCCCUGACUAUCUCCUUGCAGGAUGGCCCAGAGGCUGGACAAACUGUAAAGCAUGUCCAUGUCCAUGUGGUCCCGAGAAAAAGCGGGGACUUUGAGAACAACGACAAUAUCUACAAUGAGCUCCAAAAACAUGAUCAACAAGUGGAAGAUAUUCCAGAAAAGUGGAGAUCAAAAGAGGAAAUGUCAGCAGAAGCCUCUGAGCUGAAAAUGUAUUUCAAUGAGCCUGAAAAUCAAUGA